UUUAGAUCUAAAGUGUACCGAAUAAAUUAAAUCAAAUUCAGACUCUGGACGUAGCCAUUAGAUCAAAAUUAGUGUUUCAGAAAAUUUUAUUUUGAUGUUGCUGCAGUCGAUAUUCGCACCACUUUGGCAGCCAGUGAAAGACCAAUUGGGCCUAUUCCGUGCAUUGGCAACUGGUGGUCGGAUUCCGGGUACAAAUCUAAUAUUGAUGCCAGUCGCUGCCGGUAAAUGUCGCUUUGGAUUUAUGGAACAUUUUAUGAUGGCAUUAGCUGGCGCUUGGCUGCUGUUUUGUGUCAUCUACCGCGAGCUGAAGGAUGUGAAGCCAACGAAAAGACAACAACAACACCAGCAGCCAUGUAGCAUGUGCUGCAUUGCAUGGAACGAAAAGGAUACGGAUACGGAUACGGAAACGACAAUCACGACGACCACGACAACAACAACAAUUACAACAACGACCACGGCGGACACUGGCACAUCCAGCCCAACUGAGGAUACUGCCAACCAGACGGAUGAGAAUGAGGAAACAAUCGAUGGUCAGUUGAUGAUCGAUACAGAUGGAGUGUUGGGUGACGGGACGGAAGCGAUAUUCUAUUGGGGAUGUCAUCAACUGCAUAGGCCAGAGCCGAUAUUUCGAUUUACACGAUUACAGUUGGAGAAAAUGUUGCGUAUGGAUCAGGAUGAAAGCGAUGAUGAUUACGAAGACGAUUCUGAUGAUGAUAUUGUUCCAGAUAGCGAUGACAAGGUUGAUGAUAGUCAGAGCAAUAGCAAUAGGGAUAAGGAGGACAAAAAUUUAGAUAACUAUGAAAGCAUCAAUGAAAAGCAAACAAAUAUCCGAUAUCAAUAGCUCCAGCCGCAGCCAGAAAAUAUCAGGUGCCUUUAGCUGCAAGUUGUCUGCAUAUGUAUGURUCGUCGUCAUGAUGAUGAUGUAUGUAUGUCUAUGCGUGCGUCUCACAUUCAGCGCAUUCCAUUAAAA